CUUAAUAUAACCACGAACUGCAUUGAGAGCUCAAAGCACAUUACUGCGCAAACACAGACAGGAUUACCACGAAUCCUGAUUUCAUAAGACCUUAAUCGAAGACAACGCCAAGAAGCCAAGACAAAUUUCAUCAUUUAUUCUUCAGGUUUCUACUGAAUGCUGUCUAGCCUAUAAUUGGACCACUUUUUUAAUGGACUCGAUUGAUUUGUGUGAUGAAAUAGAACUUAGGGCGUCAGUCACACUCAAAGAAACCGUCGAAUACUGCAUUUCGAGCAUCUAAACGAGUUUUCUUUAGCAGAACUGUAACUGUAUCACAUGACCCUACUUGCGAGUAUGCGGCGCCACAGUUUAGGCGUGCAGCAUCACUUGCACAGGUGGAGCAUCUGCGGGACGGAUGGACGGCAGCUUCUGAGCGGUGGUUUCACGACCUCCGACAUCGGUAAGGUGUCCCGUUCCAGUUCAUUCUCGAGCUCCACAGAGAGCUGCUUGUCGUCCUCUUCCGACUCUGCUGUCUCAUCCGAAUCUGCGACUCCCAGUUCGAUCGGACCCUUCACGGUUGUCCUGAUCGGAGACAACGGCGUCGGGAAGUCAGCGCUCGCAAGUAUAUUCGCUGGAGCAUCAGACAGUAUGGGCAGCGAAUGCGAGUUAUAUGGAGGUGAAAUAUUUGAGCAGACUAUGAUGGUAGAUGGUGAAAGGGCCACAGUUACCCUGCUCGACACUUGGGAUUCACAGGAUGAGGGCAGCUGGACGCAGGAGCGUUGUCUGCAGACAGGAGAUGCUUUCAUCAUAGUCUAUUCCAUAACGGAUCGAUCGAGUUUCCUUCGUGCGUCCGAGCUCCGUAUUCAGUUGCGGCGAGAGCGCCAGGCUGACCACACUCCCAUCAUCCUCGUUGGCAAUAAAUGUGACCUGGUCCGUUGCCGAGAAGUGUCCAUUAGUGAUGGUCGUGCAUGUGCUGUCGUGUUUGACUGUAAGUUUAUUGAGACAUCAGCAGCGAUGCAACACAAUGUCUGGCCGCUGUUUCAAGGUAUCAUCCGCCAGCUUCGUCUGCGAAGAGACAGCGUGGAGACCAUCACCAGACGCCGUGCUCUUUAUAAGAGGCAGGAGAGUUUAUCCAAAAAAGCAAAGCGUUUCAUUGACAAAAUCGUUGCCAAGAAGAACAAGCAAGCAGCCUUUAAACUCAAGUCCAAAUCAUGUCAUGACCUGUCUGUAAUGUAGGGCUUUUGGGCUCUGAAUGUAUAUAUGUAAGCAUUGUAUGAAGUUUGGAGGCAAAAUAAUAUACAUUUUGUAAAGUGUCUGAUGUGACUGUCAAAUGUUUGCUCUGCACCAUUUACUGUGUGUUUUAGUUUUUGAAGAAGACUAUGUCUAUAUUAGACUGUGCUGUAGGUGAACAACGAUUACAGGCUUCAUGCUCCCUCUGUGAUGGACAGAACGCUCUAGUGUUACCGAUCUUCCUCUAAACAUUUCAAAAGUCAUGGAUUGCACAGAAUUUUCCUGGGAAUCCCAAAAUUUCUAAACCUAUUUAACAUCCUAUCAAUUUCGUGAAAGAAUUUUGCUUUGAGUUGAAAAUCGUCAUUGAUUGUAU